AUGACCUGGUGUGCGAAAUCCGUGUCUUUCGACCCAAAGAAGGACAUCCCGCCGCUCACCGACAAGGUGAUCCUGGUGACUGGCGGCAACGUCGGCCUCGGCAAACAGGCCGUGCUCGAGUACGCCCGCCAUGGCCCGGGGCUCAUCUGGCUCGCAGCCCGAAGCGUCGAGAAAGCCGACGCAGUCAUCGACGAGAUCAAGCAUCAGGUCCCCGAUGCGAACAUCAAGGCUUUAGAACUAGAUCUCGCCUCGUUUGCAUCCGUCAAGAAGGCGGCGGCCACGGUGCUGUCCACCUCGCCCCGCCUCGACAUCCUGAUGCUCAACGCCGGCAUCAUGGCGGCCACUCCAGGCCUCACCGCCGACGGCUACGAGCUCCAGUUCGGCACCAACCACAUGGGCCACGCGCUGCUGACCAAGCUGCUCCUGCCGCUGCUCCUCCAGACCGCCGCCACCACAACCACCACCAGCAGUAGCAAAAACCACGCCAACAACUCUUCCUCCCCCUCCCCCUCCCCCUCCCCGGCGCGCAUCGUCGUCCUCUCCUCGGACGGCCACCGCUUCGCCGCCAAGCCAGGCAUCGACUUCGCGACGCUCAAGACGCCCGCCGAGGGCCUCGGCGCUUUCGGGCGCUACUUCCAGAGCAAGCUGGCCAACGCGCUGUGGGCGCGAGAGCUGGCGGCGCGGCACGACGCGACGCAGACGCUCGUCGUGGCGGCGGUGCACCCGGGCAUGGUGCGCACGCAGCUGAUUGAGCGGGCGGGGGGCUCGCCGGCGGUCGUGCGCGCGGCGAUCCGCGCCGCCGCCGCGCUGAACCUGAUCCCGUCCGUCGAGCACGGCGUGCGCAACCAGCUGUGGGCGUCCGUCGCGGCCCCCGGCAGCGACCUCGUGAGCGGCGAGUACUACGAGCCCGUGGGCGUGGCCGGGCGCGCCAGCGCCCUGGCGCGGGACGGCGAGCUCGCCAGAAGGCUGUGGGAGUGGACUGAGAAGGAACUGGAGGGUCAUGUGGUUGAGCUUUGA